AUGGAGAUUAGUAACUCUCGGUAUGACCACCUACAGAGAGCAAAUGUGUCAUGGUACUGUUGUCGCUGUGAUGGACUGAACGUAGACUCGUUCACCUUUCAUUCGUUUGAACUAGAGACAUCAAACAUCUACAGUGUACUAGAUAAUGACAACUCGGUGCAAUCCAUAGAUUCCCAGUUCUCUCCAAGGUUCUUUAGUAGCCUUAGACACCAGAGCCAUGGAGUGAAACAACGUCAUCUAUCAUCGCACAGUAGUAUCCACGCUAGUCAUGAAACCACACACUCUACAACAUCAGUGAGUGCAACAGACAGGAUACGUACAUCUACCGCGCAAACAACAUCUACAACUUCAAACGCGAAUGAUCCUGUAUCCAUUGGAAAUCUAGUACCUGAUAAACAAAACAACUGGAGAACUCUAAUAGUGAACUGCCAAUCCAUAAAAAACAAAUCUGGAGAGCUAAAAACUGCAGUGGAUUACAUCAAACCUGAUGCAGUGAUAGGCUGUGAAUCCUGGUUAGGCAGUAACAUCAAGGACAGUGAGGUCUUCCCAGAGGGGUUUACUGUGUUUAGGAAGGAUAGGAACCAUCAAGGAGGAGGAGUAUUUAUUUGUAUUAAAGACUGCUUCUCAGUAUCAGAAAUUCCUGAUCCUGACUGUAAUAGUGAACUUUUAUGGGUGGAGGUGCAACUCAAAGGUGCUAAGAAGGUGAGGAUAGGCUCAUACUAUAGACCACCUGCUACAGGCGAGGACUACAUCAGGGGCUUAGAAUCAUCAAUCAGCAAAAUCACCAACUCAUCCUAUAAACAUUUGCUGCUAGCAGGAGACUUCAACCUACAACAUAUAAAUUGGAACUCAUCUUCAGUCACACCAGGAGCGACACAAUCAGCUGUCCAUAACAUCUUCCUGGACACACUGGACACAUUCUCCCUGACCAACGUCCAGAAACAGCCUAGUAGGAACGGAAAUGUCCUAUACCUCUACAUCACCAGGAACCCUUCUCUUGUCAAACAUGUACAGACAAUCCCCGGUAUAUCAGACCAUGAUAUGGUAACGAUAGACGAGGACAUCAAACCUGUAUACCACAAGAAGAAGCCGCGUAAAGUACUGAUGUACAAAAAUGUUGACUGGAAGGCCGUUAAGGAGGAUGCGACCAACCUCAGUGACAAACUCACUAAUUCUAGUGACUCGGUUGAGGAAAACUGGACGAAAUUCAAAAACGGCUUAAAUUCCAUCAUUGACGAGCGCAUUCCAUCCAAAUUGACCUCCAAGAAACCAAAUCAGCUACCAUGGGUUGGCAGACCAGAACGCCGCCUCAUAAAGAGGAAACAUCGAAUCUACAACAAGGCUAGGAAAAGUGGAAAGGAUGCUGACUGGCGUUCGUACAGAGUCCACAAAAGGGAAACCCAAAAGGCUCUCCGAACCGCAGAAUGGUCCCACUUAGAGCGUACAUUGCAGGCAGUAAUUGAGCAGAAAAACAACAAACCCUUCUGGCGAUACAUCAAGGCCAUGAAGCAGGACAACAUCGGAAUUGCUCCACUAAAAGAGGGUAACAAACUACUCGCCGACAGUACAUACAAGGCGGAGGCCCUAAAUCGACAGUUUCAGUCGGUGUUCACAAAGGAGCCCCCAAAUCCGGAUCUCCCACCUCUCACCACACCCAAGUAUCCCAUCAUGAGGAACAUCAUUAUAGAUGAGAAGGGAGUUGAGAAGUUGAUCCGUGAAAUCAAAGUCAGUAAGGCUAGCGGUCCAGACAACCUGCCAAAUCGUGUCCUUCAACAGUGCUCAAACGAACUUGCCCCGGCAAUGACCCAUAUAUCCCAACAAUCGAUUCUGACCGGUGCACUCCCUGAUGACUGGAGGAAUGCCAACAUCACACCAAUCUUUAAGAAGGGUAACCGCCAUCAACCCACCAACUACAGGCCAGUGUCGCUCACGUGUGCGUGUUGA